CCGGCCAGGAGGGUCUGAGGGUCUGUCUUUCUCUCUUUCGCUCUUUUCUUUCUCCCCUCUGGUGUCUGUCUUUUCUGUUCCGAUCCUAAUUCUGUGGUGGUUCUUGCUUUCUUUGCUACUACUGCUGCUGAGCGCGUUUGUCCAACCCCGCAUACUACCCAAGAGCUGCUCCCUCACACCACACCCACCAUGCGUAUACCUCUCCUCCUCAUCCUCCUGCUCCAGACCCUCGCGGUCUCCAGCGUGGGCAUCAGUCUCCCACCCCCUCCCCACGACCCUCCACCCACCGACCACGCCGCCCAAUUUCCCUGGAAAUCCCAGCGGGCCACCGCGGCCGACCACACCACCAAAACCCAACUCUACGCCCUCGCCGCCCAACAGCAACAGCAGCAACCGCACUUCGCCCACUACCUGCAACACUACCUGGGUAACACCGGGACGGACGCCGACAUCUCGCCGGACGAGCUGCUGGCCGCGCUACCCCGCUUCUACGAGGAGGUGCAAACGCUGGUGACCUUCAAGGCACGCCUGGCCGCCCAGGAUCUGGUCGCGGGCAGGCGCCCCACCGUCCUCUUCAGCAGCUUCUGGCACGAAUACGCCACCACCAGCGAGGAAGGCUGGGAUUGGUUCCUCGCGCUGGACCGUUUCCUGUACAGUGUCACGGGCGCGGUGCAGCUGACCGCGGACAGCAGUGCGGACCCCAAAGUGCAGUUUCGGGUGGAUGUGCUGCGCCCGUUUGAUUUUUCGGCCGGCCGAGAGAUCGUGCUCGGUCGAUAUGAGUAUCGCGAUGCGCAGCUGGUCGACUUGCAGGUCAAGGGGCUGGCGCGGGAGUUUGUGAUUCGAGGGUCGAGCCAGGGGUAUUACCUGGAGCAGCAGCAGCAGGAACAGCGGCAACAGGAGGAGGGAGAGGACAGCACGGUAUCCGUAAACCCAUAGAGCAAGAUAUACCCCCUUGAUCCACG